AUGAGCCCAAAAAAGCUUCUCCCGGCAGACGCCUACACUAUCGGGCUCAUCUACGUGAAACCGCUCGAGAUGAAUGCCAUCACAGUAAUGUUGGAUGAAGAGUACGAAAGAGUUUCUUUAGCCAUGGGAGAUAAGAACGAAUACGUACUGGGUCGCAUAGGGAAGCAUAAUGUCGCCAUAGUCGGACCUGCCCGAGGUGCCCAGGGAAAGGUAGCCAUCGCAGACGUCGUAGCGAGUAUCCAUUGGUCGUUCAAUAAUAUAUCCAUUGGAUUGUUGGUGGGCAUUGGAGGAGGUGUUCCUCAUCUCCCUAACCAAGACGUACGACUAGGAGAUGUCGUCGUUGGAGCGCCAGAGGUAGGCCCUGCAGUAGUCCAGUAUGACUUGGGAAAGGAAACAACCACAGGAUUUGAAGUGACUAAAACACUCAACAAACCACCCGCUUUAAUGCUUCGUGUGGUUAAUGCCGUGGAAGAUAAAUAUCUAAGGCAAAAGGCCGGCGACGAAAGCUUUUUCACCACGCACCUCCGCCGAUUUAAUGAGUUCCCACGCUUGCGAGAGCGAUACAGACGCCCUUCCGCCCUAGAUCGCCUGUUUUUGGCCGACUACCGCCAUGAGCCCGGUUCUGAUUGUAAUAAGCAUGACAAACAGUUCGAAAUCCAGCGUGCCGGGCGCAACCCUGCAGAUGAAGUCUAUAUACAUUACGGUACCAUCCUCUCCGGGGAUCGAGUGAUGAAAUCGGAAAUUACUCGAGACAAGAUAAGUGGACAAUUCCACAAUGCCAUCUGUUUUGAGAUGGAAGCAGCCGGCUUAAUGGAUGAGUUCCCGUGUCUAGUUGUUCGGGGCAUUUGUGACUAUUCAGAUUCACACAAAAACAAGGACUGGCAGGAAUAUGGCGCCGCCACGGCGGCCUCUUACACAAGAGAGCUUCUUCUUAACAUGUCGGAGAGGAUUGUUCCGGGGCUGGAGCGCCCUGUGGAUAGGGAUAUGGAGGCAAAAGACAAUGAUGGGUUGACAGCAUUGCACCGCGCCGCUAGAGACGGGGACCAAGAAGAAGUUCAGCGUCUAUUGGACAACGGCGCAAAUAUAGCGGCAAGGGACAAAGAGAAUCGGGCUGCUUUAUUCUGGGCAGCCCGUGAAGGCCAUGAUGACGUGGUUUUGCUCCUGUUGGAUCGUGGCGCUAAUAUUCAUGCAAGAGUCAGUUGGGGAAGCACAGCCUUGCAUGAGGCAGCAGCCGAAGGCAAUGAGGAGGUAGUCCGUGUGCUGCUCAACCGAGGUGCUAGAGUGACGGCCAGGAAUAAGUUUGGAAACAUGGCACUGCACAGUGCAGCCAGAAGGGGCCAAAUGGGCGCCAUGCGUCUGCUGCUGGAGCGAGGCUCCGAUAUUGAAGCCGCAGGUGACCAUGGAUUCACACCAUUACACCAAGCGGCUAGAGAUGGCCAGAGUGCGGCAGCAUUAUUUCUCCUGCAGAACGGUGCGAAUCCGAAAUCUCUGAACAAAGAUGCCCUGACUCCAUCACAGGUGGCUGUAAAAUAUGGUCAUAAACAAGUGAUGAAGUCUAUUGAGGAGUAUACCUAG